CAAUGUUUUGCAUGUUACAUUUUGAUGUUUUUUUCAUUAAGUUUUUAUUUAAAUUUAAAAAAUUUACUCAAAAGUGCUUUAUUUUCUUUGGUGCGUCCGCGUCUUUCAAUUUAGUGUAAAAGACAUAUACGUUUAUUAUAGUUUUCUAAGUUUUACUCUGAUACAUAUGCUAACAUAAAGUGACUUGGUUAUAUUAUCGAUUUUAGUGCUCUAUAUAGCAUGGAUAUCAUCAAAACUCCUAAGUUGGAGAAUGUGCAGUUGCUGGACAAAUAUAACCUUCGGAACCCAUCGAAGGGCACGUUGUACUUUGCGACCACACACCUCAUAUUCGUCGACCAUGAGAUGAGGAAGGAGACAUGGAUACUCCUAAUGCACAUAUCCUCUGUGGAGCGACUGCCUAUCACGACCACCGGGUCUCCUCUGCUCGUGCGCACCAAGACAUUCCAGUCGGUCUUCUUCGUUAUACCUAGGGAGAGGGACUGUCACGAGAUGCAUCAGACCUUGCUGAGGCUCAGUCAACCAGUUCACAUCGACGAAUUGUACUGCUUCCACUACAAGUCCACGCCCGAAGACCUGCCUAAGUCAGCAGGUUGGAACUUCUUCGACAUCCAGACCGAGUUCCAGAGGAUGAAUGUUCCCAACGAGCAUUGGGUGCUGUGCACUGCUAAUAAGGAUUAUGAGCUAUGCGACACAUACCCCAGCGAGAUAUACGUGCCGGCCAAAGCGACCACAGCAAUACUCCUCGGCAGUGCCAGCUUCAGAUCCAGAGGUCGUCUGCCGGCGCUUGCUUACCUUCACCACAACAAAGCGGCUAUAGCACGGUGCAGCCAGCCGCUGAGUGGAUUCUCCGCCAGAUGCAUGGAGGAUGAACAGAUGUUGGACCUGAUACGACGAGCGAAUCCCAACUGCGGCUAUAUGUAUGUCGUGGAUACUAGGCCGAGGAUAAACGCCAUGGUGAACCGCGCCGCCGGUAAAGGUUACGAGAAUGAGGCAUUUUACGAAAAUAUCAAGUUUCAAUUCAGCGGUAUUGGAAAUAUACACGUCAUGAGGAAGAGUUUGCAGAAACUUGUCGAGACGUGCGAACAGAACUCUCCCACCAUGUCGUCAUUCCUGAGCGGAUUGGAGUCGUCUGGUUGGCUGAAACACAUAAAAUCGAUACUGGACACGUCAUGGUGGAUCGCGUGCGCAAUAGAGAGCGGGGUGAGCGUGUGCGUCCACUGCAGCGACGGGUGGGACAGAACCUCGCAGGCUUGCUCGCUCGCCGCACUGUUUUUAGAACCACACUAUCGCACUUUCAACGGGUACCAGGCGCUGAUAGAGAAGGACUGGCUGUCGUUCGGUCACAAGUUCACGUGCCGGUGCGGGCACAUCGCGUCCGACGGCAGGGAGGUGUCGCCAGUGUUCACCCAGCUGCUGGACUGCACGUGGCAGCUGCUGAGGCAGGCGCCCGAGGCUUUCCAAUUCAACGAGCGUUUUCUGCUGACGCUACACGACCACGCUCACGCCUGCCAGUACGGGACCUUCGUAGGGAACUGUCAGAAAGACAGGCGGGACUUAAGAUUAUCAGAGCGUACAUUCUCUCUGUGGGGAUACAUGGCGAACCAUCUGAACGAGUACAAAAACCCACUUUACAACCCAAAGGCCCAUCCCGAUGUCUUGAAGCCGAACUUGAGCGCGCAGAGCAUAAGAUUCUGGCGCGGCAUGUACUGCCGGCAUGAGAGCGGUGUCCACCCGCGGGAGCCCCUCGGCGACCUGCUGCCCGCCGCCGUCGAGCAUUGCUCAGCUCUCGAGCACCACAUCGGAUACCUCACCAAGAGGAUAACAACGUUCAAGAACCUCCUCUCCGGCAAGAGGGAUAAGAGCACAGACUCCACUGUUGUAAAUUAUCAGAAUGGUAAUGUUAAUUCUAUCGAUUUGGAGAGCAAGACUGAAGCGUUGCAGAUUGAUAACAAAUUGUUAUACGAUAGUGGCGCCACCCUUUCUGAACUAGAGUGCGCCAAUCACGACCAUCCACUCAAGGAGAGCAAUAGACCGGACAAAAUUCCCCUCAUAACCGAGAAGGCAGACGACAGUAUACCAGUGAAUUUGGCAUCUUUGGAGCACGAGGUGAACACAGUGGCUUUAGACUGGAAAAGCAUUAAGAAUGUAACAGAAUGCAGUUGUUCCACGCCGCUCGACCACUUCAGCAGGAAGCACCACUGCUGGGGCUGCGGCCGCUGCGUGUGCACUCGCUGCGUGUGCGCGCGCGCGCCGCUGCCCGCGCUGGCCGCGCCGCGCGCCGCGCCGCUGUGCGCCGCCUGCGCACCGCGGACGCCCACAGCCGAUCUCGUGUCUCCAACAAAUUGAAAAUUAGUAAAAUUGUAAAUAGCAAUAAAUACAUGGUGAUAAUUUUCUUUAUGUCUUAAAAAAAGUUGAUGUGAUAGAUUCUUUUGUAAUUUGAUCGGAAAAUAGGAUCAUUAAUUUUAUUAAUAUGUAAAAAAAAACCAUGACAGACUAUUUUGUUCUUAGAUAUUUUUGUCAAUACGUUGAUACGUGAAUCAUACGAUAAUUUUUUUUUAAAUACCUUUGUUCAUUUUUAUACAAAACCAGAAUCAAAAAGUUAUUGUCAUGUUAGAAAAUAAUUAUUUAUAUCUCCCUUCUAAUAUUAUUUAUGAGAAAGUAACUCUGUCUGUCUGUUACACUUUCACGCCUAAAUCACUGAACCGAUUUUUAUGAAAUUUGGUGCAGAGAUGAACCUGAGGAAGAACAUAGGCAAUCUUUUUGUUGCGAAAAAAGAGACCACGCGGACCAAGUCGCAGGCAGAAGCUAGUGUACUAUGAAUUAUAUGCUGUGAUAUAAAUGCAUUUUUAUUGCGUUUCAUGAAAAAAAAACUAUACAAAUGCAUACUAUGUUAUGUAACAUAUUGUUACCUGUGCAUUGAUUUGCUGCGAAAUGGCUUAGAAAAAUUAGGAAUAAAAUUCUAAUAUAUAGAUUUUUAUGGAGUUCGAUUGAGCCAAAGAAGACAAAAGCUUGGCUAAUGAAAGUUCCUUUAUUUUGUAUAUAAGUAUUUCCCCCUCAAUGUUAAAUACUUUUUUCUACUCAAUCAAGUAUGUGUCUAUUAUUUUUUAAUGUUAUGCAUUAUUUUUGUAGAUCAUGAAUAAAAAUGUGUAAUUUACCGACAUAAAAUCUAUUAUAGUUAGCUGAUAAUCGCGAUGUAUGUAAAUAUUGAUUAUUUACAGGAUAAGCAAUCAAAUAAUGAAAUUGGAAAAUAAAUAAUAUGUAUAUCUAGUAAAUUUCAUUAUUUCUCUAUAAUAUACAUUGUAGAACGAGCAGUUCUAAUCU